AGAGAGGCGGUGAGCUGCAGGUAGCCGCCGCCGCCGCCGCCGCCGCCACCUGCACCGCCGCCGCCAUGUCCCUCUGACCUCCACGCCUGUCAGAGCCGCCCCCACCCACGCGGCAUGAAACUCAAGCUACUCACACAAGGGCUGGCGGGAGGCGUGGGUCCCGCCGCUGACACGUGCGCCGUGAUGAAGGACGGCGGCGACACCGACAAGGACCCCGGCAGCGCUGCCCUCGUCCACAAGACAGGCGGGGCGGACCUAGGCCUUGGCCUGGGCCCCGCCCGCCACCUAGGGGGUUCCCACCAUCCUCUUGGAGGCGGAGGCGGGACUCUGCCGGGCUUUCCGCCCCUCCACCAUCCCCUCCAGCUGGCGGCGCUGUCCUCGCAACAGCAAGCCGCCGCAGCCGCUGCCGGCAUGCUGUACCCGUCCCUGCUGGGGCCCAACCUGAGCCCCGCCACCUUGAUGGCGUCCCUGGCCGCCGCCCGCUCCGGCCACCAGCUACUUGGCCACCCUCCCUCAGGAACUCCGCAGGUGAUGCCGCCCACCUCGGCCACCCUGGCCAGCAUACACGCCACCCUAGCCGCAGCCGACUCAGCCCGCCAGAGGGACUUGCUGGCCACCCUGUCCAAACUGGCCAGCAGUUCCGGCGGUGCUUACUUGCCGCAUCUCGACUCACCCGUCAAGCCAGACUCCUCGGCAUUGGAGCCUCCGCGCCGCGGCUCCUCCCGCUCCUCGGCCACCUACUCGUCCUCCAGUGGUCCCGGAGCGUCGCCCUCUGUGGCGCCGCCCCUCACGCAUCCCAAUAUGGCGGGAGCCACCACCGGCGGCGUGGGGUCAGAGACACCCUCACCCACUGCGGGUUCGUCGCCGCCCGGCACCAACGGCCGCUUGGACCCCUACACCAACACCACGCCCACCCGCAAAGCUGCCGCCGCCCGACCUGAUCGCGUGUUCACCUGCAAGAUCUGCAACCGAAGCUUCGGGUACAAGCACGUGCUGCAGAACCACGAGCGAACCCAUACUGGGGAGAAGCCGUUUGAAUGCAAGGAGUGCCACAAGCGGUUCACGCGCGAUCACCACCUCAAGACCCACAUGCGGCUGCACACGGGCGAGAAGCCCUACCAUUGCACGCACUGCGACAGGCAGUUCGUGCAGGUGGCCAAUCUGCGGCGACACCUGCGGGUGCACACUGGCGAGCGCCCCUACUCCUGCGACCUAUGCUCCUCCAGGUUCUCGGACUCCAACCAGCUCAAGGCCCACGUGCUCAUCCACAAGGGCGAGAAGCCGUUUGAGUGCGGACGGUGUUCUGGCCGCUACCGCCGGCGCCACCACCUCAUGCACCACAAGUGUCCCAACGACAGCGAGGCCGACCCGCGGCGCCGCGAGACUCAGUACGGCGAGACCACCUUCCCCGAAGCAGACACCUUCUCGCUGGGCCCUGACGAGGAUGACGAGGACGACUUCACCGAGGAGGACCUGCCACCGCCGGCCACGCUGCUGGAAGAGGAGCCGCUGCAGCUUGAGAAGCGGCGGGAACGGAAGAGUCGAGAUCCGCGACGAGUGAUCAACCAGACCCUGGGUGGUGGGCGGCUGCUGGACCCCACCCACUUGCUGCGGGGCUUACACGCCGCCCUGCCCGAGCAGACCGAGCCAGAGGACCUCAGUCUGUCCGGCUCACGCAGCCGUAACAGAAAUUACUCGGGCAUGUCGGCCGUGUCCAGCGUCUCGGGUCCCGCCAGCAGUGAGCUGGACUACCCGCGUGACGCGACGCGGCACCAGGAUGGCGGUGACGCAGACGACGGCAGGUUUCCCCGACACAGCGACGACGAGGACCCCAUGCCCUCCCAGGCGUGAGGCCCCGCGCCCCGCGGCCCCAGCGUCACCACACAACGACUCCGGUGCUGAGCAGUGAGUCCCGGCCCCACCUCGCCCCACCUCGCUAUGGGCACCCCCGCCCGUCCGCACAACGCACCGCCAGGGUGCUGCGUGCCGCCCCGCCCGUGCCCGGCGCUACUUGUUGGAGUUAAUAGAAUUUUAUAUAUAUGGUGCCGGACAUGAGCCCGACCCUGCCCUCCGCCCUCCUCUCCCUCUCCCUCCUCCCUCACCAUCACCAUCACCAUCACUCACGGCCGCUGCUAAUCUCACUAUUCGCUAAUGACGGCCAGGCGCUCCCCUCCCUCGCAGGCCCCACUAGCCCCGCAGGCCACUAUGCCAAUGAGAAGCAGGGCGCCCCGACACCUGCAGACCCGGCAGCCACGGGUGCCCACCGCCACUAUUUCCUCCCCGCCUCGCCCCAGGCAGCGGCCUUCACCCAGGGCCAUUAAUCUUGCUUCUGCCUUCGCCUCGCCGGCUGUAAGCAGUGGCGCGGCCAAGAUUUGCACGGCGACUUUCUCUUCCCUUCCUCCUCCCUCCCCCCCCAUACUCACCACUCACCCACCUACCAGUACUCACACAACAACACUGAACUGCCUU